AUAGAUUUUCGCUACAGUGAACAAGGCGAGAAAAGAGAAACCACGCUCCCCGUCUUCUUCUUCAUUUUGCUGCAAAUCGGUUCUUCGAUUUCUGAGCUUAGGGCUUUAUCGGCGAGUUUUCCGAUACACAUUGCUGCUCCUUGUUUUGGAAAAAGAGGGCGAUCGGCAUUCCGUUUUCGGCGGAGGUGGAGUGAACAGUGGAAGAAGGAAGAAAUGGAUGAGGAAAUGGAGGUUGAGCCGGUUGUGUUUGAGGCUUAUGAAGUUGACAUUGAGUAUGAGUUUGAUGCGGCUAGGUAUUUUGAUUUCACUCGCGAGGAGAGUUUUGAUGAGGCUUUUCAAGCUGAGCUUUGGUUCGAGUCUGCUGGAAGCUACCCUCCUUCUCCGUUCGUAGCGAAACUGUUUUUGAGGGAAGAGUGUCUUCUUGCUAUUGAAAAUGCUUCUAAAAAAUCUGAGGGUCAGAAUAACAUAAUUGGUUCGCUUAAUGGUGCCAGUCAGGAAGCUGGUUCAGUACGCGAGAAUGACCGAGAUUGCCAAGGAUCAAAUAGAGGAAUCUUCACCAAUUUACGAGAUGGAGAUGUACAAAAACUUCAUAAUCAACAUCUCCAAUUUACAUCAGGAUCUACAUCAUACAAUCAUCCAUCCCUGAACAAACCCAAAGUUAAAGCCUCAUCUUGUGUCAAGCCAUCUAAACCCCGGAGCACUACUCUGAUGAAAUCAACAGCAAGCCACUUAGCGAGACAAAACUUCCCUGCUCAACAUCCUGAUAUCAAGUUGCAGAGAGUAGUUAAAAACAAUGAGACAAGUGUCUGUGGUUCUGUUAUUGAAAGUCAGGCUAUCAAGAAGCAGAAGCUGGAUGGUGGUCACUCGCAUAAGGUGAAUGAAAUAAAACAGCAGACUAAUUUAGUCCACAAGCUUCCCAAAAAGGAUGGAGUUGCUGAUAAAACUACUAAAAAUGUCAAGCUGAAGAUUACAAUUCCUAGGCAGCCUGACCUUGAAACAGCACAAAGGGCACAUAGAAUAAGACUGAAAAGUAGGAUGGAAGAAGAUUACGAGACAACUACUCGAAGAUUUAGAGCCCGUCCAUUAAACAGAAAAAUUUUAGAGGGGCCAUCACUUCCGCUCUUAAAGAAAAGCACUCCCAAAUUGCCUGAGUUUCAAGAAUUUCACUUGAGGACGUUGGAGAGGGCCAUGCAAAAUACUUCUGCUGUUUCAUCUUCAGCCUUUCAUCAUGAUUAUUCUGAAAUUACAGUCACUAGAAACUUGGAGUCAAGAAGAUCAAAUGCCAUUGAUGAUCAAAAGCAUGAUGAGUAUCAUAUAAUGCAGAAUUUCAAGGCUUGCCCUCUUAAUAGAAAGAUAUUUUCAAGUAAAGGCGAAAUGGGCGUUUUUAGAAAUAGCAAGCAAGAAACCACAAUACCAAUGGAAUUUAAAUUCCAUCGCGAGAAGAGAAUUUUGCAACCACCAACAGAACUUUUCACCAAGCUUUCGCUAACAUCUCAAUUCCAUUCAAAUAAUGGACCCUUGACAAAAGUUCCUUCCCGUCCAUCCAUACCUUUGAAGAGCUCAAAGGAAAAUAAUUUGGUGUUGUUUCAACCAGAACGUAAGAUAACUCAAUUGGUGAAAGAAUCACCUCCAUUUGCGGGAAAACAUAUUUAUUUGGAAAAUAAUGGAUGCAUAUCUGAUUCCUGCAACAGCCAGUUGACCGUGAGGAACAUGGGAAUUCGCUAAGCAUUCAGAACUCUGUAAGAAUGGUUUCUUUCUGCCAGGGCAUCUGAUUUUGGUUUCAGCCUUUAAAUAGAAACCAUUAACAUGAUGUUGAUAACAACAGUACAGGAGAGGUUCUCAAGCUAUUUUUUCUUCGUAGAAAUCGAUUUGAAGUCCAUAGAAUACAGGAAAGGAUGUCAUUUUCUAGAUUUAUCUAUCCAACUCUUUAUGUUCCCCCAACUUGUAUCCAAAUCCAAAUAAGCCUGCAAGUUUGCCGGAUAUGUACAGCAAUCAUUG